AUGCUUGGUGGAAGCCAAGCAAUUCAUGGUGCAGAUGAUCAAGGGCAUCAAUGCACAAAUCCCUCUAUGACAAAGAAUCUUCGGGGACAAGUUGUUCAGGCUAGAGAAGUGAUUGCCGAAAGUCCCCCUCCUCCUCCUACUAGGUCAAAAAGACUUAGGAAGAGACCCGUGACGGAAUCUGAUAAGAUAGAAGAACCUGCAACAGUUCCUAAUGAAACCUCUGGAAUUGAUGAAGAGCUGAGGAAGGCUUUUGAAGCUGUAGAGCAUGAGAAGGAAGUAGAUGCCUUAACAGGAGACAAGAAAAAAGGCAAAGAAGUCGAAAGAAAAGAACAUUCUGCUGCUGUUCCAGAGCCUGAAGUGGAGGCAGAACACUCCGUUGUUGUCCCUGUUCCUAAGGAUAGAACUGUUGGGACUCUGGCUGUAGUGACCAACCCCUUCAAACCUCCUAUUGUGGCUCCUCCUUUGCUGCAUAAGGAGAACAUGGCUCCUAGGCCUAUCCUUGAGAUCAGCUUGGGUCUGGCAAGAGAUGUGCUCAACCUCCAUAACCGCUAUGAAGAUCUCAAGCCCUCCUUCAAUGCCUCUGAAUUCUGCAAGGCUACCCAUGAAUCCAACUUGGCUUAUUAUCAAAAACAUAAGGCAGACUUGGAUGUUCUGGUUGCUGACUACAAGGAGACCAAGUCCAUUGUCGACGAGCUAGAAAAACAUAUCGAGGAACUCCAGAAGCAGCUGGCUGGGUUAAGAGAGAGGCAGCUGAAGCUUGGGGCUAGACUGGGCACCAAGACCAAGGCAACCUUCCUUGUGCAGAACAUGAUCUCAACUUCUAGGCCAGCAUUAGAUAUUGUAGAGGCUUCUAUCCACUAG